AUGGUGAUGUUGGUCCACGCCAAAGAUGAUGCCUACCUCGAUGCCGUCAUUCCCAAGCGCAUCCAACUCUUUGAAUCCAUACAGGCCCAGAAACAUGCUGCUCGACAGUCCCUCCCCUCCGAUCCUAUCAAAGUUACAUUUAUUCAAUGGAAUGCUAUGAAGAAGACACUCACUUGUAACCCUUGA